AUGCUCGCCGUCCUUUCCCGACGCCAAUUGAAGUUUCGCGCGAUGCCAUUGGCUAAAAAGACGAGCAUAAAUUUGCCACCAAGCAUGCUGGCCCGAGGACUGCGACGGGCGACGAGCGUCCGCGCCAUGAGCACGACGAGAACGCUUGUGGACAUUACGCAGGCGCCGCGAAACGCGUCGUGGUCCAUCCACGAGUUGCAGCGCCAUGACGCCGACGUCUUGACGUCUGCCUCGCUGCUCAACCUGGCCGAGCUGUGCCACUUGCACAUUCCGGACGACAAGUUGCCGACGCUCCUCAAGGAAGUCGAAGACAUCAUCCAAUGCACCAAGACGAUCCAAGAGAUCACGCUCGACGACAGCAUUGACGACUUUUACACCCGCAGCGAGGCCUUGAGCAACCAGUCGGCGCCGCUCCGGCCCGACGCGGCUCUCGAAGGCAACUGCCCGGACGACGUACUCGCCAACGCGUCCGUCAAGCACGGCUACUACUUCCAAGUGCCCAAGGUGCUCGAGGAUUAG